CCAGAGGCUCGUCUCAGUGUGUUUUAAUUCUCGAGUUGUAGAUUUGAAGAUGCCCUACAGCGUGACUCUGCCGGGCAGCUCAGGACAGACGGCUGUAGUGGAGAGCACACAGGCUGAUGGCAAGACAUACGAGCAGCUGCGGAGGGAAUGUUUGGAGAAGGGGAAGCUGUUCGAGGAUCCAGACUUCCCUGCGGUGGACGGCUCGCUCUUCUACAGCCAGAGGGUCCCGGUUAACUUUGAAUGGAAGCGGCCCGGGGAAAUUUGCAAAGAGCCACAGUUCAUCACCGGAGGAGCCACCAGGACCGACAUCUGUCAGGGGCAGCUGGGAGACUGUUGGCUGUUGGCAGCGAUUGCCUCUCUAACUCUCAAAGAGGAAACACUAAAUAGAGUUGUACCAAAUGACCAGACCUUCGAUCGCGGUUAUGCUGGAAUCUUCCAUUUUCAGUUCUGGCAGCAUAACAAAUGGAUGGAUGUGGUGGUGGACGACAGGCUCCCGUGUGUGAGAGACAAACUGGUGUUCCUCCACUCCGCUGACAACAACGAGUUCUGGAGUGCACUGCUGGAAAAGGCCUAUGCCAAGCUGAACGGCAGCUAUGAAGCCCUGAAAGGUGGAAGCACAAUGGAGGCCAUGGAGGACUUUACUGGAGGUGUGGGUGAGAUGUACGAGACGAAAAACGGACCCAACAACCUCUUCCUCAUCCUCAAGAAAGCCAUAGAGAGGGGGUCCAUGCUUGGCUGCUCCAUCGACAUCACUAGUUCUGCUGAAUCUGAAGCCCAAACCUCUACUGGUCUGGUGAAAGGCCACGCUUACUCCGUCACUGGAGUGGAAGAGGUCAACUACAGAGGAGCGAAGGUCCAGCUGAUUCGUGUACGUAACCCCUGGGGUCAGGUGGAGUGGAACGGGCCGUGGAGUGACAAUUCGAGAGAAUGGACUGUCAUUGACAGCUCAGAGAAGAAACGAUUGCUGCAAAACUCCCUGGAUGAUGGAGAGUUCUGGAUGGAGUUCGGAGACUUUAAAUCCAACUACGAUAAGGUUGAGAUCUGUAACCUGUCUCCAGAUGCUCUGUCCGAUGACGUUUCCAAGCAGUGGGCUGUGAACCUGUUUGAAGGCAGCUGGAUCAGGGGGUCCACCGCUGGCGGCUGCAGGAACUACAUUGACACAUUCUGGACAAACCCCCAGUUUAAGCUUCAUCUGGAAAAUCCGGAUGAUGGUGAUAAGCUGUGCAGCGUCAUUGUGGCCCUGAUGCAAAAGAACCGCCGACGACUAAGAAAAGAGGGGCUUGACCUGGAGACCAUUGGGUUUGCUAUUUAUGAGGCUCCCGAUGAUCAAGACCACCAGGGCAAAGAUUUUUUCCGCUAUAAUCCCUCUAAAGCACGGAGCCGUACUUAUAUCAACGUGAGGGAGGUUUCCGAGCGCUUCAGACUGCCGCCUGGAAACUACCUGCUGGUGCCCACCACCUUUCAGCCGCACAAAGAGGCUGAUUUCCUCAUCCGCCUCUUCUCUGAGAAGAAAGCUGGAGCCAUUGAGGUGGGAAACAAAAUUGAAGCUGAUCUGCCAGAGCCACCGAAACCAAACCCACCUGAAGAGGAGACUGAUGAGGAGAAAGGCCUGAGGAAACUCUUUGAACAGGUCGCUGGACCGGAUAAUGUCAUCAGCGCCAGAGAACUGCAGCACGUGCUGAACAAUGUUCUGGGAAGAAGGAAAGAAGUGAAGUUUGAUGGUCUGAGCCUCAACACCUGCAUCAGCAUCAUAAACCUGAUGGAUGUGGAUGGAUCAGGAAUGAUGGAAUUUUCCGAGUUCAAAGUCUUCUGGGAUAAACUCAAGAAGUGGAUCAUGCUGUUUCUGUCUUAUGAUGUGGAUCGUUCUGGAACCAUGUCUUCCUAUGAGCUCCGCAGCGCUCUUAAUGCUGCAGGGAUGAAGCUGAACAACAGGAUUCUGCAGCUGCUGGGUCUGCGGUUCGCAGAUGAGAAAUUAGAAAUCGAUUUUGACGAUUACCUGACGUGCAUCGUGCGUCUGGAGAACAUGUUUCGUAUUUUCCAGGCCUUAGAUGCACAGAAGAAAGGAGAGGUCAGCCUGAACAUGCAUCAGUUCCUGUUGUUGACCAUGAACGUCUGAGCUGGAAAAUAGGGAUGGAUAUACGGAUCAACUGGGGAUUUUCAAUCUUGUGCUGAAUUCUGAACACACACACGCACACACAUAAACAACCUCUCUCUCUCUUUCUCUCAUUCAUAAACACACACUCACACUCUCACAAAAACACACACCACAGUUUUGUAUGUUUGCUUUGUCUUUCCCAUCGCUACAGCCUACAUGAUGUUUGUGAAAGUUUAACACUGAUUGUUUUGUGAGCAGUGUUUACGGCACGUUUACUGUAAUUUGUCUGUGAUUUGAGGCAUAUUCACCCUGUAUGGAUGGUUCAAGAGUCUAAUGAUAAUUGUGAGAUGUUUGUAUUCUUCUCAAGGCUGCUAAACCGCUACGUUUUCAUCAUGAAAGGUGCAUGCAUAAAUAAUACAAAUGAGAAUUUAAAUGAAUUUUACAAAAGGAAAUAAAGUGUGGCUCUGUUUUGGACGAGCUGUAACGGAGUCAGCAAAACCAUGUUUAAUAAAAAAAAAUUGUAUUCAA